CAAGGCGCGGGGCUGCGGUAGCCGCCGGGGAUGGCGCUGAGCAAGGCCGGGGCGCUGAUGGUGGCUCCCGGGGAGCUGGGCCGGGGCGGGGCUAGGACUUCCGCGGUGCGACUCCUCCUGGUGCGCUGGGUGCAGGGCCCGGCGGGCGGCGGCGGCGGGCAGCCCCCGGAGAACGUGGUGCGGAUCUCCCGGGCCAUGCAGCUGCGGCUGGCUCGGGAGCCGCCCAGGCGCGGCCGGGAGGGGCCGGUGGUUUCGACCCGGGCGGGGAAGCUGCUGUUGCGGAGCCGGCGGCCUCAGCUGAGCCAGCCUCGCUGCCUGACCGCUGGGCGCUGGGAGCGGCCGCUCCUGGUCUCGGCGGGCUGGAAGCACCGGCGCUCCUGCGGGGACUACUUCCAGCUGGAGCGCUCCCAAGAGCAGGCGCCGGCCCUGCAGCUUCCCCGAGCCUCUGGAGGGGACGGCUCCUUCCAGGCGCUGGGGUUGGGGCCGGCGCUGGUGUCCGCUCUGCAGUCCCUCUCCAUCACCCAGCCCACGGCCGUGCAGCGCCGCGCCAUCCCAGCCCUGUUGCGCGGGGCUAACGCGCUCUGCGCCGCCGAGACGGGCAGCGGCAAGACCCUGGCCUAUCUCCUCCCGCUGUUCCAGAAACUCCUGUCUCGGCCCUCGCUGGGCCCGGCCUGGCCGCCCUCCCCUCGCAGCCUGGUGCUGCUGCCCUCCCGGGAGCUGGCGGAGCAGGUGCGCACCGUGGCCUCCUCCCUGGGCCGUUCCGUGGGACUGCGCGUGCGGGAGAUUGGCGGGGGCCGGGGCAUGGCCAGCGUGAAAAACCAGCUCCGCUCGGAUCCCGAUGCCGACUUGCUGGUGUCCACGCCUGGGGCCCUGUGCAAGGCGCUGCGGAAGCGGAUGGUGAAGCUGGAGCGGCUGUGCUGUCUGGUGCUGGAUGAGGCUGACACCCUACUGGACCCCUCUUUCCUGGAUCUGGUGGAGGAGGUGCUCAUGCAAGCCCCCAUCGCCCACAGCCCCAAGGAGGUAGCUGACCAGUGGGACCCCAAAACCCAGCUCGUGGUCGUCGGUGCCACCUUCCCUGAAGGGCUAGGCCUGUUGCUGAGCAAGGUGACCAACCUGGGCCACUUCACCACCCUCACCAGCCAGAGCUUGCACCACCUCCUGCCCCAUGUCCAGCAGAAAUUCAUCCGCAUCAAAGGCAGCGACAAGGCGUCCGAGCUACUGCAGCUCAUCAAAGACCAGGGUCCCUCUAACGGAGCCCUUCUCAUCUUCUGCAACAAUGCCAGCACCGUCAACUGGCUAGGCUACAUCCUAGAUGAUCACAAAAUCAAGCACCUGAGGCUACAGGGACAGAUGCCUGCAGCUAUGAGAGCAGGCAUUUUCAACACCUUCCAGAAGGGACAACGGCAUGUCCUCAUCUGCACUGACUUAGCAUCCCGUGGACUGGAUACCAGCCGUGUGGAGCUAGUAGUCAACUAUGACUUCCCAUCCACAUUGCAAGACUAUCUCCAUCGGGUAGGGCGGGUUGGGCGUGUAGGCAGCAAGGCGCCUGGGACUGUGGUUAGUUUUGUAACCCAUCGUUGGGAUGUUGAUCUGGUGCGGAAGAUAGAGACUGCAGCCCGGAGAAGGACCAGUCUCCCUGGGAUGGAGUCUGCCAUUAAGGAGCCUUUGCCUAAAACAGACCUGACUCAGGCUGACAAACAAUGAAAUGCUAAAGUUCACAUUGGAUUUAGGGUGCUGAUAAUGACUUCUAUUGAAGACUAAAUCAGCUAAACUUAGGCCUGGUCUACACUGCAGGGGGGGGGUGUCGAUCUAAGAUACGUCAACUUCAGCUACGCUAUUCUCGUAGCUGAAGUUGUGUAUCUUAGAUCGACUUAGAAUCACUUUGCGUCUUCGCGGCGCAGGAUUGACAGCAGAGCUAGUGGAGAUUGAUUUAUCACGUCAGAUGCGAUAAAUCGAUCCCCAAUAGAUCGAUCACUACCUGCCAAUCUAGCAGGUAGUGUAGAUGUACUCUGUUUUGUGAGUCAGAAUGAGGAUAUGGGCAAAGAAACAACAUAACAAAAGUGUUAAAGUUACCAGUUCUGCCUGGUUAGUUACUGGCAAGUGCAUUGAUGCAUAUCAGUAUGACCUGCUACUUCAUGCUUUUCUAAAUCUAAGCAGAUGUAACAGACCCCACAACUAAUAAAUAAAUGCUCAAUUUUUCCUCGGUUUAGUAAGGGCUGCAUUGCAUUUGUUCUGUUCCUGAAAUCUUGUAAUUUUCAUUUCAAUUUAAAUUAGGCAUGACUUGAAGGAAUUACAUAUUAAUUGAUUUAUUACAGUCUUGAACAUAGUACAGGAUAAGGUAUUGGUGCAUAAUUACAAUAUUCCCAAUUAUCCUCAAGGAGGCAGUGAUUAUUAGAUUCAACUUAUUUAAAAGUUGCAGCAAUAACAAUUGACUUCUUCAGAGUGUUAAUGUAUUUUCUCUGAAUGCGUUAUUUCAUGGGUGAAGGUGUUUGUCUUGAAUGUGGAAAUUAAGUCCUGUUUAUCUACAGAAUAGGUAAAACAGGUUGAGGUAGUGUAGCCUCGGUCUAUUUUCUUUCUCAACCCAUGUGGAAAUACUCAGAAGUGAAUGUGGUUUUGUUUUGAGGUCCUUCAUGGAAGUUGAGACCAGCUAUUUCUAAGGGGAAGGAGCAACAUAAAAUGGGAAAAAAAGACACCUUUCAAGCUUGUGUUCUACAUCACUUUUAGGUUACCUUUCAGUGGGGGGGGGAUGAGGGGGGUGAAUUUAAGUGCUACUUGUUGCACGAAGGUAAGGUGACCAUAUUUCCCUAAACUGAAAAUGGGACAAUGGUGUGUUGCCACCUUUAUUUACAUGCUGCUGCUGCUGCUGGUGGCACUGCCUUCAGAGCUGGGCUGUUGGGAAGCCAUGGCUGCUGGCGAGACACCUGGCUCUGAAGGUAGUGGCAACACCAGGUGGCUUAGGCCAGUCCUGCAUUCCUCUGCGUCUCUGUGGGGUAAGAUCAAAUAGGACAAAUGCCCAGAUUUACCAAAAAUGUCAUGAUGUCCGGGACAGAGCUUAAAAAUGGGACUGUCCUGGCAAAAAACGGGAUGUGUGGUCACUGUGACAGGGUGGACCAGGCCCUAAUGCCCCCUGAUCGAGGCCUCGCGACCCUGCCACACACCUCACCCCAGCGAAGGGCUAUAGAGAGGGUCCUCCAAGCUGCUUAGAGUGGCUGUGUGGGAAACAGCCAAUCAGAAAGGGGCUGCAGGGAGCAGCCCGUCAGGGCCCAGCAGUCUAGUGUAAGAAGGGCUGCAGGGCCAGAGUGAGAUUAGUUCACAGAUUAUUAGGGUUGGAAGGGACCUCAGGAGAUCAUCUAGUCCAACCCCCUGCUCAAAGCAGGACCAAUCCCCACUUCCCUAAAUGGCCCCCUCAAGGAUUGAACUCACAACCCUGGGUUUAGCAGGCCAAUGCUCAAACCACUGAACUAGUUCCUUGCUGGAGUUGGAGGAGCGUAGAUGGUAGGCCUGGCUGGCUGAAGGUGCUCCGUGCUGGUGGCUGGGACUCAGUCAUCACAAGGCCCUGAGGUAAGGAUGAAGAAGAUGCUGGGCCGUGGGGACGUGUUAAGGGAAUCAUAGCAGGAACGUGUCUUAGUUAAAGGGACGUGGCGGACAGCUGCUAUCUUUGGGAUCCCUGGACUGGGAUCCAGAGUACAGAAUGGGCAGAAUCCACUAGGAAAGUGUCCUGGACUUUGAUACAUUCCAUAAGGCUAAAUGAACUCUUUUGGAGGCCCAGCAGGAGAGCUGGAGCCCGAAAGGCCCAGAGAGGGAGAGGACGUUGCCUCCAGGGAGAGAGCCUUAAAGCAGUGGUUCUCAACUGGGGGUACGCAGAGAUCUUCCUGGGGGUACAUCGAAUCAUCUACAUAUUUGCAUCGUUUUACAACAGGCUACAUAAAACGCACUAGUGAAGUCAGUACAAACUA